CCUAUCCAGCUGGACUGCUGGCGGCACGCAGGGCAGCCGGCCCCGCCAACACGUCGCUGGCCUUCGCGAAGUAUCUCUUCUCUGCAAAUGGAUCUGUCUUGGGCACAGCCGCAAGCGCUGGCCUUAGCGCGGCAGAAACACAUCUGCUGACAGCAAUCCGCAGCUCUUGCGGUCGCGUGUUAGUGGCUCCCCAGGCAGGCACAAUCGAUGCGCUGCUGCAGUUCAAUGGGGAUGCAAUGCAGUCCCUGCGGCCGCCUUCAAGCAAUGAGUCAGCGCAGCUGGCCGUGCCAGGCCUGCAGGUUCCGGCCUACCGCUCGCCUGAGCACCUUGUGUACUUCCAGCGCCAGGCUAGGCUGGACGUGCUCGGUGGCGUGGCCGGCGGCUGGGGAUGUCCGCCUGGCCAGGUUGUGGUGGGGCUACGCGGUCGGCGGCUGGCGCUACAGCCUUCGUCCGUUCUGUUUCAUGGCUUUGCUGAUUGGAAGUACGGAAGCCCUCUGGAGUUCCAGUUCCGCUAUGCCCCAGACUACACUUCUCUGAGUGCGGUGGACGCACUUGUGUGCCAGAACAGCCCCGCCGCCCCGGCUCCACCUCCCUCGCCGCCACUGCUCAUUGGGACAGCAGGUGUGUCCGUGCACGCACGCACGCACACAUAGCAGUCAUGUGUAUACCAAAUUCCAUGAUUAACAAACACGCACGCACGGCUAGGAUUUGUGUGCAUAAGCUGUACUGAAUUUGUCAUGCAGGUUUGCUUGUCACAGCGGCGGCCCUGGGAGUGGCUAGCAAUGCCACAGGCUCUUCUGGCGGCGGAAGCAACACCACCCUGUCAUGCGGCGCAUCUGACCUCGUAACAUCGUUGUUCGGCUCAAAUGAUGGGGUACGUGACAAAUUGGACGGCACAUGGCAGAAGCAUGUACCAGCCACCAGCAGCUAGAUAGAUACACUCUGGGAACCUAGCUGCUUCAGGCUUGCUUCAGGCUAGCUUCAGGAAAAUGACCCCAGUCAAGGCUUCAGGAUGCUUGCUUCAGGGAAGAGACCAUAUCAGGAAAACGCUGAAGCACUUCAGGAAAGGGCCUGAAGCACCCACACCCUGAAGCCCUCUGUCACCCGCCCCGCAACCAGUGUUCAUCAGAGGUGUCUACAGACACCGAACUGUUAUCCCCAUUGUCAUGUCGAUCAAGCACUCUCACCUCCACUGCACCGAGCACCACAUGCCCAUGUCCUGCACUCGUCAUAACCUGAAUACCUGCAAGCCAGCCAUGUCAGCAACUGUGUGAGCAGACAGUGAGCAGCGCGCAAGCGAUGUUAGAGCAGCAGAUGUUAGAGCACUGACUGUGGACUGCAAGCCAGGCAUGCAAAAACACCCCCGAGCAAGGCCUCAAGUCCUUGCGAAGAACUCCAUCAAAAAAAGAUUCAGACGCACUAAGGGACAUGGGCAUAUACUUAGCUUGCAAGAGGCUUGAGGUCAGCGACGAAGACGACCACUUUGACCGAGUUGUAGCCAGCUCCACAGGUCGUUCACAAGCACAGAGCAUAUCUACAUUUGAUUAUCAUAACUUCCAACAUAGCUUUGAUUAUUAAAGAACCAUCCAGAUCAAGGCAGCGUCGGGGGUAAUGAUAAAGGCUCGCCCAAUUAUUGCUUGACUGCAUGUAUGUAUUUACAGGGACAUGUUGAAGUAAAUAAGUUGAAGAAUACAGUAGUGUGCAGCAAGUGGACUCCGUCUGGGACUUCAGUAGCUCGGUACUGUC